AUGUCUGAUUCUGCUGACACUGAACCUCUUGUCCACCGACCACGGCCUGGCGUGAUCUCUUUAUCUCUUCUCAUCGAGUUCAUUUGCCAGAAAGUGUAUACUGAUCUUAUGAGAUUCGUCGAUCUCCUACCAACUAAAACUGAUCUAGAAAAGAAAAUUGAGAUCGCUACAUUCUUCAGUCGCACCAGGCAUUUGUUUGUGCGUCUGGAAGCGUUAGUAAAAUGGUCCAACAGUGCUUCCAAGGUUGACAAAUGCGAGAAAAUAUCUAACUUCUUAGAAGAACAGAGUUUCUUCCUAAUCAACACUGCAAAUUCGCUUUCAAGGCUUCUCAGAGAAACUUUGAUAGGCGCCAGACUUCCACCGUUUGCUGUGCUGUUGGCAAUCGAUAUUUUCACCAAUAAAACCUACACACGCCUUCCCAAAUCUAUAAAAAAUUGUGUUACACACACGGAGCCCAUGUCUAACAGCGACGUCAAUCAAGCGCUGCUGGAUCUCAAUCGAGUUAUUCAAAAUCGCCUCAGCCUCACUCAGAUUCCUCGGCAAUUCAAAACCAUCAAACUGGCCAAUGGACGCGUUCUUUUCGUUGUUCCUGGCGAGUUCCAAGUAACGGUGACGCUCAUGUCGGAAGCAAUCGAUUUCCCUUGGCGGAUAUUGGAAAUAAAAUUUCUUAUCAAAGAUCCAGUAACGAAUAAUCGCAACCUGGUUAAUCCAUUGCAAGUUCAGUUUAUCCAAAAUCAAGCACAAUCUCGCUUGUUGCACCGGCAAUUCGACAAACGUCCUCCGUUGAUCCAUCUCUACGACAUGCUACAUGCUUUCAGUGUAUCUCUCCAGCUCGACGUACUGCAUGAGCAAGCACAACGUGCUCGGACCCGACGGCCACCCGAUCAGUUCGUGAUAGAGGCCUACAGGCCCGGUCAAAAUCUCGUCAUCUCGUAUUGGCACGCAUUGAGUGUGAAUCAGUUUCAAGCCCAACUCAACCUGAGCGGAAAAUUGCAACCGACCCCUUAUCUGUUAUCCGUCCAUUUGGAUCCAACUGAUCCACAGCGCCCGUUGUGCGUGAGUCAUCGCCCAGAGCUACCCGUAACUGAAUCGCAUCGGAUUGGAACCACUUUGAGGGGAAACAACUUGUCAAUAGAAAAGUUAUUGGCCCGGACGAUUGCUGCUCGCGCUGAGCAGAUACUACAAGACCUGCGACAGGAGCUGAUGGUUCUCAGUCCCGGACCCGUUCGACUGGCCGACUCACCUCUGUGUCUGUAUAUGCCGCUCCUAUGGCCAUCUCAUCCGCAGGAAUUCCUGCAAUUUCGAGUUGACCCUGUCCAUGGCACCCUCUCUGUUACCUGUCCGUUUCUUUUGACUCCUGAGGCAGAGAGCAUACUCGUUGGAUCCCCGAAUGCUGGUCAACCGGGGUCGACAGCGUCAUCCGAUGGGUAUUCACGAGGUAGUGUUUGUGCCGCACUUGCGUCUAUUGAAAGCGCACUCAAUCGUCCUUGUGCCAGACGUGUUUCUCCUGUUCUCUCAGCUACUGCUGAUCAGCCGGCUAGUGAGCGUUCCCUACUGAUAGUGCAGUCUCGCAGCUUGAGAAAUUUGUCCUACUCCGACGCCCGAUGGCGCUCCCUGUUGUGCCAAUCGUUGGAACAUUUGCGUCUUUGUGUCGGAUUGAUGCGUUUAAUGAAAACAGCCAAGGCGCUGUGUCCGUUCUGGAAGUCAGUCAGACGUUCGAUUCCUUUGGUGCUCACUUCCCUGCAGGCCUCCAUGGCUAAGGACCCAUCGUCUUGGCCCGCCACCCUUGCCCGGUUCCAACAGUCCUCUCUUUGGCCCAUCGUUUUCGUUAAGCUAUUCCCAAACAAUGAGUACUACGUGGUCUGUGAGGCGGUUCCCGCUCCACUGAGCGUCACCUAUCGAUACUAUUUGCUAGUUUGUGUGGUCUUGUCCGAUCACAUGGAUAUCACCGUGGAUUCCUCUGGACUAUUGGUCUCCAACAUGAACCCGAAUUGGCUGGGGUCCAGUCUACAGUCCAACGGAACUGGUUUGUAUCUUCAGGUGACUCACUUCGUUCCCAUCGAAAUAGGUUCCGUGUGGUUUCACAACCCAUCGUCCUCCUUGUCAAUUCUGAAGUCCUGCAUCAAUAAGGCCCAGGUGAACCUGGUAAAGAAAAGAACGUCCCGAGUCGCUGAACUAUUAAAUCGAAUCAAGAGUGGUCGUUCCAAUUUCACUCAGUCCAAUACUGCUGCGAGCAAACUGGGUGCAGCUGCGGCUUCCGAAUCCUCACUCAUGUUCACUCAGCCCACUGUCCCUUCGCUUUCAAGAUUGCUAGGCAUGCUUGAAGAGAGUAUUCUCAGUCACUGUCUUGCGUUAGAACUUUCACGCGCCGGCGUUGUUCACGAUGGAGUUCACUAUGACGCGAAUGGUUAUCUCUCUGCUAUUCGAAUCAUUAGCCUCCCUAGCAGUCCACUCCACUGGCAACAACCUGGAAUAAUUCCACUCUCGGAGUACGUGAGUCAGACAAUUCUGAGGCCACGCUUUGAUCCGUUCACUUACCGACGCAGUUGGCAGCUCGAUCUGCUCUUCGUCGGGGUUGUACCUCCACCACCGAACGAUUCCUCCGAACAGCGGCAUCCGUUGAAUCAUCGACUACGCCAUCAGCUCACUGAAUGGUGCGUUGUUCGAUUAGAGGAUUACACAACUCUGGUGAACAAUCUGCUUGCGGAGUGGGACAGCUUAUGUUGUAUGCACGCUCUUUGCUACCAGGUGGUUGAAAACCCGGAGGUGCACCUCCCUCCAGGUGUCUCAUUGGUUUCCUACAACUUGAAGACACUCUCGUUGGCCUAUUGUGUUCAUUAUCUGGUUGACAUAUCGUAUCGUUCUGAAUUUGGCUUCACUAUCGCUCUGGGGUUCAGUUCGACUACAACAGUGUCUGCAGCUUCCGAUGUUUCAACUGAAAUAGAUUCUAAUCCACACCUUCUGGUCCGUCAGCAUUUGGAAGAGCUUUUGAACUCCACGAAGUCCGUGACUGCGUUUGCGAAGGCUCUGGUCCACACAUUACCUUUCGUUCGUGCUGUUGAGCCUCUUCGAGACCGAACACUCUCAAUUCACGGCCUUAAAACUUUAUCCUCUUCCACUGGGAUUCGACCUGUUCGUAAUGUGGUGCUUAUUGCUCUGUCUGUUCAUGAUCUCGUCCUGGUGUACCGCGCUUGCUUGAGUCUACGAUUCACACUUAGCCCGCCUCGGAUGACAACCGCGUUUCCAUUCGGCCCAUCGACACCAGUUGCGCAGGACACAGUCCUGUUAUCGGAUGCAUACCACCAAUUGAUGUAUUCCAACAAUCCGGUUAGUCGCUCCGACAUCGGGUCGCAUUCGAGCGCGGACAAUUUACUGGGCAGCUUAACUAUCCUACCAGCAUUUCAAACAUUUUUGAACACUUUGCAAGAAGCCUUUCAGAUGGACAUUGAGGCCGAAUCUUGGACUGGCCUCACAGUGGCUCAUCUGUCCCAACUUCUUCGCCCUCCUCGCGUUGCUUCAUCAAAAUUACCUGCUCUGCGCGCCUCUUCAAUGUCAUCUCGUCCUAUGAGCUCUGCCUUGUCGCCCUUAGAGUCAUAUCUGUCUUUCAGCCUGCUCUUCCAUGCAUGUAUUGCAGCGUUGACCAGUCUGGAUGUUCCCAUUCUAUCUUCAUCUGAGCAAGUUACUGUCCCCAGGGAGUCAAGCCCCACUCGUGUGACAGACAUCAUUCAUGCCGCAGUCUUUGAAGCUACUUUCGUCUCCUCUUGUCUGGUCGCUCAAGUGUGUUUGGUACCCCAGCGCAUCGGUGUGGAGGUGGCCACCUGGAAGCUGGCGUUACGACUGAGCUCUUACUCUCCCCCGAAUGCCGGUCCCAUGGAUAGAUGGCCUCAAGAUACACUGAGUUUACUCGAAGAAUUCUUCGACAUUCGAGUCUGCGCUGCUCCAUACCAACCAAGUGCCGUGCUCGCCUUCUUCCGCAUCCUGUCCUUACCUCUUCGGGCGUUCCGCAGUGUCGUACGCUUACUGCCUUUGGAUUUGCACCCUCCCUCGCAUUCUUCAGCGCAACUUCGAUUGGGUCUGGUGGGUCUGGGAAGUAGCAGACGCGUUGGUACCCAUGCCGCUGGACACGCUCAUUCCCCUCACACUUCUAUCGAUAGCACCGGCUCUCCAAUGCAAGAAUUUGCGCCUGGACUUCCGGGAAUCUUGGUUCGGCCCCCAUGCGUGACACUGCAAUUGUUGGUUUGGCGACCUCAACUUCAAUCAACGUCGAAAUAUCCGGGUCCACCGAUGGCUCAGCCUAUCUCUUUGGUUUAUGAUUGGGAUAGCAAUCGCGUUGCGGUGUUACCGAGUCCGUGUGCCUCACAAUCCUCUUCCAAUCUCCCACAACUUCUCCUGGAUUCGGAGAUGGAAGCGAACGCCAAUAUGCUGGCUUCCAACACUGGGGACUCGGCUCUUGUGCAGCUAGCUUUAAUCUUAACCCAAGGCUCGUCUGGAAUGCCUCCACAGUCUCCAUACUCAUCCGGUGCUCCCUGCACUACAGCUAUCGGACAAGUACCUCCGAAAUCAUUGUACAGUUGA